AAAAAGUGAGUGUGGUACUGUACACUCGCGUUUGAUAACAGAUUAUUUGAGUAGAAAAACGAGCGCUCUGUAUGGUGUGUCUCACUUGAGCUGCCUUAGUUGGUUGCUUGGUCUUGUCAAUGAGUUGCUUAUUAAUUUAUGUAGGCGCUUCCCAGUUCAUUGAGUAGUCGCGUUGACAGUGUUUAAUUUGGUAGUUGAUCGUUGUGUUUGGUGAAUGCCAGUGUUUUGUCAGAAGCUGGCCAGUGCUUUUGCAGUGUUACAGUUGUUUGAAAGUUUUAGUCUGUGUACAUUCUUAUCAAAUUCAAUAGCUCAGAUUUUUUGACUUAUAAAAAUGACAGAAUUGGUAGUCUAGGUCUGUGUAAUAUUGUGAGUCAUAUGCCUAAUAACAAAACUCUUAUUUUUAUUUUCGAUCUUCGACAGGAAGCAGGGGUACGAUUUAGAAUGUUUUGAUCAGUAAAAUUGUCACUUGAAAUGUGGUACCAAGGAUUGCAAUUAUUGUUCUUAAACUGUGUGUGAUUGGUCACACAUGUGUGGUGCGACGUAAAAGUGUGAUAUUAGACUUGGUUGUCUAAAACUUCUGAAAAUGCGUCACCUGUGAAGCUAGGAUCGGUGUCAGAAUUUAAUCGCAGUAGGCAUUUAACCAAUGACUACCCGCAAGAAAGCUGACGACGAGUUUGAAGAUGAACAAAAGAAGAAGAAGAUGAAGCUUACGGAUGCGAGAAACAGUGCAACUGACAUCCAGUGGACGCUAAAAGCAGUACUGGCAGACGAAGUGUACGAAAAAGUGAACAGUGAUACAGCCGUCUACGUCACCACCUUGACCGAUAAGAGUGCUAUGUCAAGAUUCAUUAAGUUUCUAUGCGUCGAGUACCCAAUACCCAGGCUGCACCACUUGAAACGUGUGAACAAAAGCAAGGUCAUCUUGCAAGUUGUCGGUGAUGUUAGUGAGGAAGAUUUGCGCGAGAAACUUGUGUCAGAGGGGUUUAAAUUUGGAGAGAAAUUUGAGGUUAUGUGUGUACCUAGUAAGAAACCGCUCACUAGAGCGCAGUACUUGGAGGCUAACAAAAUAUGGCCGUGUAGUGUGCACGACAACAAGUAUUUGGAGAGUUUGUUGAACGGUGAUGUUUUCAGUGGGGAGGAUUUGGUGAAGCAUGAGAAAUACAUGAGGAUGGCUGUUGAAGCGGCGAAGCAUUGUAAAUCUGGGGAAAAAGUUGGGGCAGUAGUGGUGGAUCCUGUGUUGGAUGAGGUUAUAAGUGUAGCAUCGGAUGAUAGAGGAAACCACCCUCUAAAACAUGCCGUUAUGGUUGCUGUUGAUCUGGUGGCGAGGUCACAGAAGGGUGGUGCAUGGACGUGUUCUGAUUCAGAUUACUAUUUUGGUUCCAAAGUUUCUAAGCUGUCUUCUCCUCUGGAACAGAAAGAGAGUAAAGGUAAUAGAGUGGAAAACUCUGAAGUUUGUAAGCCGUCUUUCCCAGUGGAACACAAGAAAUGUGGAGGUGAUAGUGUUGAAAAUACAGUGAAGAAUUAUGAAGUUUCUAAGCCGUCUUCCUCUCUGGAACACAAGAAAAAUGAAGUUAAUAGUGGUGAAAAUACAGUGGAAAGCUCAGAAAAGCCUUCUCGUCCUCUGGAACACAAGAAAAGAGGAGGAAAUAUCUGUGAAAACGCAGCUGAAAACUCUGGGUUACCUUACCUGUGCACUGGUUAUUACAUUUAUUUGACUAGAGAACCUUGUAGCAUGUGUGCCAUGGCUCUAGUGCAUAGCAGGAUUUUGAGGACGUUCUACGGGUGUGCUUCUAGCCACGGUGUGCUGGGAACUCUGGCUAAAGUUCAUCUCUUGAAAGACUUGAAUCAUCGGUUUGAGGUUUUCAGUGGUGUGUUGGGGGAUGAGUGUGCUGGAUUAAAUAGUUGAUGGUGGAAAAUUGUUGGAUAUUCGUGCUGCAAAAUAUGGAUUUAAGAAGUAAUACUCGUGAAUAUUAAUAACUGUAUCAUUCAUUUAUUACAUUGUGUACAAAUAUUAAACUUGAGGAAAGGCACAAUAGACUCAUACCCAAAACUACAGUGCUGUGGUUUAUUUAACUUGAAUAUUUUUAUGAUUACUGAAAAAUUCUCAACUAAGACAAAAUUUUGACUUUAAAAUUUACAAUUAGACAAGAGCUUACAAGAAGAAAAGUUACUAUUGUGGAACCUACUAUUACAACCUACCGUAACUCGAGAUACAACUAUGGAAAAAUUAAGGAUGAUGAAUCGACAAGUUGUGUUGAAAAUCUAGGAUGUGGGUAGAAAUUACUUUUAUUCAAUUAUAUUUUUAUUGGGCGAAAUUUUGUUGAUUUUAAAUGCUGCUUGAGAUGGUCUUUCUUAUAGUUGAUUUAUGUUUUAAUAAGUCUAGGUUGUUGUAAAUGGCACUGAUAGAGACUGAAAUUCAUAGACGCUGGUUUACUAUUCUUGUCUCAAUAACUGUAAGUCAUGUUCUAGGUAAUGAUAAUAACCAUUAUUGAAGUAAUGUUAUAUUUUUACAAGAGAUUCUUGAAGAAAAUGUAAUAAAAGCAGAUGUUUAGUUAA